AUUUUUCAUCUUCAUCCAAAGAACCAGAAGAAAUUUCUUCGUUUCCAGUUUCUCAGACAUUUUCUAUUGGAAUUUGGAAAGAAGAGGACGACGACGUCCUUCACAUUCUCUCUCUCAUAAACAAAAACAAAACAGUGUUUGGCGAACUCCAAUUCCCCAACACCAACACAACCCGGCAUAGGGCUUCGUUCCAGUCCCUCGCCCCUCACUCUCAUUGGAUCUGAUUUCUAAUCCAAAACCUCGCGUAGAUUCAUGUCCUUCUUUGUCUGAUCGCCUCGGUUUUUCCAUUUACGUUCUCCAGAUUGAACUUGAGCGCUAUAGUUUCUGAGGAAUAAUAUCACCUUGAGAAUCCUGGUCCGACCCGCUUGUUUUCUGGGCAUUUUCAUUGAGAUGGGAAUGCCCAAUAAACAAUGAGCAAAGCAAGGGACGAAGAAGACGAAGAAGAGCGCUUCUACGAGUCUAAUGACCGUCUAGUUUCGUCCUCUUGCUCCUGCUCCACUUCCAACUCCGAUGACGACGACAACUACAAUGGCUCCAGUCCCAACUCUCCCAAUUAUGGUUCGGGCCAACCCUUCCCCGUACCCAAAUUCCCUGAAGCCAUGUGCAAGUACGAUGUUUGGAUCUCCCAACCAUCGUCGGUUUCUGAACGCCGGACCCGUCUUCUUCGCGAGAUGGGUCUCGCCGGCGACCCGUCAUUGUCACGGGGGAAGGCUGCUUCUGCCGAUGAUCUUAGAGAAAUAGCCGAUGGAGAGUUUGGCCGAUCGGCUUUUACCGAUCACUUGAGUCGCCAAAAACAUGGUGAAACUUCUGGUUGCACCGCCGGCAUAUCCCGAUCGAAAUCCGACGGUGGCACGGAUCUCGGUGACUGGCAAGAGUGUACUGGUCAGUCUCGUCGUCGGCAUAAUAAGUCUACUUCUUCUUGUUCUUCAAUUCUUUCUAUUCGCUCGGUCACUUCAGAGAAUGGCUCAUAUGUAAAUUGCCGUAAUCAAAUCGUUAAGUCGAGGUGCGGCAAUGGCAGCGGAUCCCCGAUUGCUAAUGCCGCCUUCCCCAGUAAGCCUCCUUCAGGGAAAAAUUACAGAAGGUUAGGUGAAAUCCGAAGUGGCUACUCGAACUUGAGCGUGGAUUUCGGCCAGUUUUCUGUGGAGCCAGUUUUGGAGAAUGCAGGUCGUGGGGAGGUGGAAGUGGAGGAGGGUGCGAACUGUAAUGGACUUGACAGGGCUGGUGAACAGGUGUGCACCAUAAGAGAUCUCGAUAAUGGGAAAGAAUUUGUAGUCAAUGAGAUUAGGGAAGACGGAACGUUGGACAAAUUAAAGGAAGUGGGAACUGGAAGGCAGUUGACCAUGGAGGAGUUUGAGAUGACAGUGGGACAUUCACCAAUUGUUCUAGAGUUGAUGAGACGACAAAAUUUCGGGGAGGGUAACAAGGACAAUAGGGAUUCAAAUGCAAAUGUUACUGCAAAUGGCGGUAGUGGAGGUGGUACGAAGAUAAAGAAGAAAGGGGGUUGGUUUAAGAGUAUAAAGAGUGUUGCUAGCAGUAUGACGGGUUACAAGGACAGAAGGAGUAGUGAUGAAAGGGAUAACUCGUCAGAAAAGGGUGGGCGGAGGUCAAGUUCUGCUACAGAUGAAAGCCAAGAUGCUUGUUUACAUGGACCUGAAAGAGUACGGGUCAGGCAGUAUGGAAAGUCAUGUAAAGAGGUUACUGCACUCUAUAAAAGCCAGGAGAUACAGGCUCAUAAUGGAUCUAUAUGGAGCAUUAAGUUUAGUUUGGACGGGAAAUAUCUUGCUAGUGCAGGUGAGGAUCGUGUAAUUCAUGUGUGGCAAGUUGUGGAGUCGGAGAAGAAGGCGGAGCUGCUAAUGGAGAAACCUGGCCACGGGAAUAUGAAUACGUUAUUUGUUAUGAAUGCAUGCACUGAACCAACCCUGCUAUCUCCUAGCCAUCCAGAGACAAAGAGAAGGGGGAGGUCAUCCAUCAGCAGAAAAUCAUUGAGCUUGGACCAGUUAGUGGUGCCAGAAACUAUGUUUGGACUAACUGAAAAACCUAUUUGCACAUUCCAAGGUCAUGAUGAUGAUGUACUUGAUCUAUCUUGGUCCAAAUCUCAGGUUAGCUGAUAUAAUAAAUGUAAAUUCCAACAAUGUGUUCAAUAUCUGAAUAUAUCUUAGAGCUAUUCAGUCUUGUAUGAAAUUAGUUGAUGAAUUAGACAUUGUAUAUACACUCAUAAAACCUUGCAGCGAGGGACAGCUUAUGGAUUUUUAGUUGCAUUAGAAUAUUGUUAUGUACUGCUAUCUAGUUGCAUUUU